AUGUUCCUCUCCAUUCCUCUUUCUUCAGGAAGCAUGUGCAGAACUGAACACCAGAAGCAUCCCAGACCAGAUACUCUGCUGGAUGUGGUAUUAAAUGAAGAAUGUGAUCAGAACUGGUAUAAGGCAGAACUAAAUGGCAAAGACGGUUUCAUUCCUAAAAACUACAUCGAGAUGAAGGCACAUCUACAUCGGUUUUACGAAUCUGCCAGUAUAUUUGAGGAGCUUGACUAUAAUCAUGUUUCAAAAUCUUUGAGCAGCAGGAGUGAGCGUCUCCAGUAUCGCUCAAGAAUUCAAACUGGCAUCAGAAAGCCAGUCAAAGAUAAUAAGUCAUGUUUAAUCGAUAUUAAUCGUCUUCUCUUUUAUUGGCAGGUAUUAAAUGAAGAAUGUGAUCAGAACUGGUAUAAGGCAGAACUAAAUGGCAAAGACGGUUUCAUUCCUAAAAACUACAUCGAGAUGAAGGCGCAUCUGUUUGGCAAUGAUGUACAGCACUUCAAAGUGCUGCGUGAUGGGGCUGGAAAGUACUUCCUGUGGGUCGUGAAGUUUAACUCUCUCAACGAGCUGGUGGACUAUCACCGCACCACUUCCGUUUCCCGAAACCAACAGAUCUUUCUACGAGACAUCGAGCAGGUGCCUCAGCAUCCAACAUACGUGCAGGCCCUGUUCGACUUCGACCCUCAGGAGGACGGAGAGCUUGGCUUCAGACGCGGAGACUUCAUUCAGGUCCUGGACAACUCUGACCCCAACUGGUGGAAGGGCGCCUGUCACAGCCAGACGGGCAUGUUCCCACGCAACUAUGUCACGCCUGUCAAUCGGAACAUGUAAAGAAAAACCAAGCGAUUAGUGAAUAAAUUGUAAUUAGCGGCCCCUCACAUUCACAUACAAUCAGACUACCCUACAUCUCCCCGUCAACACCCUUAAACUCCUGUGAGAAUUAAAGCGGCACAGAGGAAUGGAAACCGUGACCGAAAACAAGGAGAGAAAAAAAACCGUAGCGGAGAGGCUGGAGGUUUCCACCUCUGCCGUGGUGCCCGGGCGAAACUAUUAUUCCUGAGAAUCGCGAUGUCUUCAUGAACGCUUGCAGUCCAGACUGAGCUGUUAGGGCGAAGGAAAGGCUGAAUCCUAGCAUAGUAAACCACACAUAAAUUAAAACAACAAUGAUUCUGUCUGUAGAUUCAUCCUGCUGCUUCUGGCUUCUUUUCUAGCAAUUAGAAUUCUUUUUGUUACAUUUUUGUUUUGUUUUGUUCUUGUUGUUUUGGCUGCAUGUUUAAAUCUCUUUAUAAUAGUACAUCCUGACGCUGUUUUUAAAAAGGAAAAAAAUAUAUAUAAAAAUGUAAGCGUAAGAAAUUGCAAACGCAUUGUACAUCUGGGCUGUGGAAAAAAAAAAACACCUAUAGAGAGAAUCCAUUUUUUUAAGAAUAUAUAUAUUAUAUAUU